CAGAUCUGUUUAAGAAUAAGACUUGGGUUUUCAAGUGUUUGAGCGACUUGCCACUUCCUAAGUCAUGACACUCCCGUUUCGAAAGGACUUGGACAAGUACAAAGAUCUCGAUGAGGAUGAAAUUCUUGGCAAACUUUCAGAAGAAGAACUGAAGCAACUGGAAACUGUUUUAGAUGACCUUGACCCUGAGAACGCGCUUCUGCCUGCGGGCUUCCGGCAGAAAGACCAGACUGCUAAAAAGGCUUCAGGUCCCUUCGACAGGGAGCGACUCCUUGCGUAUUUGGAGAAGCAGGCUCUUGAGCACAAAGACAGGGAAGACUAUGUGCCUUUUACAAAAGAAAAGAAAGGGAAAAUAUUUAUCCCCAAGCAAAAGCCUGUACAAUCUUAUACAGAAGAAAAAUUCUGUCUUGAUCCAGAACUGGAGGAAGCCUUGACCAGUGCCACAGACACAGAAUUAGGUGACCUUGCAGCUAUACUGGGAAUGUCCAACUUGAUAACAAACAACCAGUUCUGUGAUGUAGUAGGAAGUAGCAAUGGGAUUGACAAAGACAGCUUCUCAAAUAUAGUAAAAGGUGAAAAAAUGUUGCCUGUUUUUGAUGAACCGCCAAAUCCUACAAAUGUGGAGGAGACACUGCAAAGGAUUAAAGAUAAUGAUUCCCGUCUUGUUGAAGUUAAUCUAAAUAACAUUAAGAACAUACCAAUUCCAACACUGAAGGAAUUUGCAAAGGCCUUAGAAACCAACACGCAUGUGAAGAAUUUUAGCCUUGCGGCCACCCGAAGCAAUGAUCCUGUUGCUGUUGCUCUUGCAGAUAUGCUGAGAGUAAACACAAAAUUAAACAGUUUAAACGUAGAAUCAAACUUCAUCACUGGAGUUGGAAUUUUGGCACUGGUCGAUGCACUGAAAGACAAUGAAACAUUGACAGAGAUCAAAAUCGAUAAUCAGAGGCAGCAGCUGGGCACAGUUGCAGAAGUAGAAAUUGCCAAGAUGCUUGAAGAAAACAUCAAGAUCCUCAAGUUUGGAUACCACUUCACACAACAGGGACCUCGAGCCAGGGCAGCUGCAGCUAUCACGAAAAAUAAUGAUUUGGUUCGUAAGAGAAGGGUUGAAGGAGACAACUAGUACAUCUUGUUGUUGUCAAAGCUAUGGCGAUUUCAAGGGUCGUCAAGGCACGCUCAUUACCAUGGGCUUUGGCAAUCUUGGACUACACUUACGUGGGUUAGAAGGGAAGAGACUGGAAACCCCAUUCCUUUUAAAGCAAAGAUAUAUUAAUAAUCUGCUGGUAUGCAUCACACUUUUCAGAUUGAGACACAGUAACUGCACCUGUCUCUGUACCAUAGUUUUUGGUUGUUUUUUGUAAGAACUUUUUUGUAUUUCAAGACUUUGGCUGUGCUUUCUACUUAAACAUGUAAUUGCAAAUCAAUGGUAUAAUUGUCUGUAUCAAACAAUGGGACAUUCAAGAUCAUUGGGCAGAUAAUGACCCAAUUGAAAUGUUUGUUAGAAAAUCUGGGGCUGCUUAUUUACAUGGAGGGGUGUGUAUAUUCUUGAAAACAAUGCGUUAGUGACAAGGGAUUCUUCACACAACAGUUGGACGCAUUGUGUAGAGCUGUUCAGCCUUGUUCCUAUGCACUGAAGAGAAAUCUUUCACA